AUGCAUAUUUCAAAGUUAGUUUUGCUUCUGGCCUGCGCGGUCUCCACAGUGUAUGGAUUGACAGAAAAGGAAGACCGGACGGUGACUGAUGUUCUGGCCAUCCUUAAGCGCGGAACAAGCAUAUACCCGCUGGAAGAUCUGAUGUACCAACUGUCCAUAGCAAUGGGGUUCCACCGCAGUGCGGGCAAGCUCAGCCGCCUUGUCCCCAAUGGAACGUCGGCUUACGAGACAGUCUACGACAUGCUGCUUUACGUUGACAUUAACGUGAAGCAUUCACCCGAGCAGCAGCAAAAGCUAAGGCAGCUCAUUGGCAUCAUUGGGGACAAGGUGCUCAAGCUCAACUCGAAGGAUGCCAGCUUCCGGACAGUGGUUUUACAGGAGGAGGACGACAGUGAGGAAGCAAAAUCCGCGAGAAACACCAUCACGGAGACCUGA